AUGAAUGAUCAAAGUAAGCAAAUCGUUGAUAAACGCAAAUGGACAUUUCAAUAUGGAAAUAAUCGAAAACACUCUUCACAGUCUAGACACAUCAAAUAUAUCGUGCGAAAUGGUAAUUCUGAUCCAUAUGCUAAUGAUGCUGUAGGUGAUUUGCCAAAUUUUCUUCUUCUCUUUCCGUAUUCUGAAACCGUAUGUGCUAUACUUUAUUCUACUAGUAGUUGGUUUAUCGAUCAUCAGUCAUAUUUUAAAUUCGAGUAA